AUAGGGUCAGCCAGGUCACGAAACACGGGGAGUUGAAAUGUGGACAAUGAAUCUCGAGGUGCUGUGCACUAGUGCCCUCAGGAUGCUUCACUGCUUUCUCUGCAAGGAACUAAGUCUUUCAAACGAAUUAUUUCUGUGGUUUCUUUUUUAUUUGAUGUUCGCGACGAACGAUGCAACUGUGUGAAAGGAAUUACCAAUGCAGCCUGACAAGCUUGAGGCGACCAGCAAGGAACGGAAGUGUUUCUAAAGACAAAGACAAGCAUCUCCUCAUAGCGACACUUGAAACCAUCUUUUUCUGAAGGACAUUUUACAACAAGCCUUCUUCCAGCAUAUGAAUUGCUAAAUUUUACUUUUCACUAGCUUCUAGAAAAAGUUUACCUCUAAGCAAACGAUAAAGGGUAUGUCUGGGUGCAGCAACUCCGUGGUGACGACAGCAUACCUGUUCUUUCAUCUUCCUCUCCUCUGCUGCCUGCGCCUUCCCAGCAGCGUAUGGCCCACCCGUCAAAGAGGACGCUCCCUGGGGGCAGGGGGGACCAGCAGAGGAGGCAGCAGCCUCAGCCGUGACGACCUCCGUGACCGGCUUAGCAAUCUUGGCCGUGUCUUCUUCAAAGACCUGCACCUGGCUAUGCUGGACAACCGCUCCUGCAGCCUCGACAACCCUGAUGAGCUGAGGAGACUGUUUCCGGGGGCCUUUCUGGCGGAGAACGACCUGAUGCGUGUGGUGCCUGGGCGAGGACACUGGACGUCGACCUCAGGGGACCGAAUGUACGCGCCCUCGCGCCGCCUGGUGGCACAAAGAAAACAUGCGGAUAUCCAAGCGGCAACGUUUUCGUCCACCCCACCUGACGGUCGCUGUGGAAACUGUGUUACGGAGAUCGGGUACGAGAUCGCAGAAUGGGUCGUGGAUUUCGCAGGGAUGAACCACACGGUCGUCAACUUCGACAACGCUUACCAGUUCAUUCCGUCCGGCAGAUGUGUGAACGAGAACGCUCCCUGCAACGGCGGCAACAGCGGCCGCUGCCUGCAAAUGAGUCGUGCUCACUGGUCGCUGGUGUGGACGUCGGGGCGGGGGCUCGGCUUUGUGGCACACGAAGUGCCCUCCCACUGCGAGUGCCUCAACGUCGGCGGCCACCAGUUUUCAUCUGUGCGCGAGCAGCUGGUCAGCUCCAGGGGCAGGCUGGCCGCCCACGGCCUCAGUCUCCACGGAGGACAAGUGAGGGUCGUCGACGCUCCGCCCGACUUCUGGAAAGCUGUGCCCUCCCCUGCCUCGGGUACUACCACCCAAACGACUGCCACAGAAUCCACAAGAGCCCCUGAGUGAGCAAUGCAUAAAUAAAGUGUUUGUUCCGCAGGGUUGGGUGGAUUGAAAACGCAUAUCUGAAAGUAAGGUUGAAACUAGAAUCACUGCUAGCUACCUACAGAUGAAUUCUGAAGACUAUUUGAGUCGAUACAGGUGACAUUCCAAAAAUGAACAAAAGCUCAGAGACUCAGUUUGCUGGAGAAACUAUGAGGCGAAAAUAAUGCCAAUAGGUGGUGAGUGAUUAGAAAAGCAAUAUAAGCAAAAUCAUGGAGAUAGAAGAGUCAUGCUUGAGGCCAUUCAUUUUCUUAGGAAAGCUAAGUAAUACAAGAUCUGAUUCAUGACUAAAACACUGAAGAACCAGCUUAUGUGCAUACAAAAUGCUCACAAGGCUGUGGUCUAAAGAAAUUUUUCUUCAAUGGCUUUGGAGUACUGGGCAUUGAAUUUCUAUAUUUAUACUUAUUUACACAAUAUAUACCCACAUUUAAUCUGCAUAUAAAGUUAUGAGCAUCAUUCCUUGCAAACCUUUAUAUAUAUAUUUUUUGAGAAAUCUGAUGUUCGGUCUUGUGUUUUCGUACAUUUUGAUUUGCAGUUAUCAUACACGUU